AAUUGCCAUUAGUUUUUCAGAAUAUAAUAUUUAAUUAAAAUUAUGAGGUGUAAAAUUGAGAACUGGCAAUUGAUAUAUUUUUUUAUGAUAAUUUCAUUUUUGAUAUUUAAUGAAGGUAUUGAAAAUAAAUAUUUGGGUGGAAAAAAAAAAUGCCCGUUUGAAAAUGGUACCACAAAAAAAGCUGCUAAAAUUGGUGACCUAGAAACAUUAAAACUAGCUUACGAGAGUGGUUGUGAAUGGGAUGAAUACACGACUACAGAAGCUGCUGCGAAUGGACAUUUCGAAUGUUUAAAAUAUGCACAUGAAAAUGAAUGUCCGUGGGAUGAUAUCACAAUAAUAGCAGCCGCUUUUUAUGGUAAUUUAGAAAACUUAAAAUAUAUUCAUAAAAAUGGCUGUAAAUGGAAUAAAAAAGCAACAAAAGUUGCUGCUUUAUAUGGACAUUAUGAAUGUUUAAAAUAUGCACAUGAAAAUGGCUGUAGCUGGGAUGAAGAAACAACUAGAGAUGCUGCUGCAAAUGGACAUUUAGAAUGUUUAAAAUAUGCACAUGAAAAUGGAUGUCCAUGGGAUGUAAGUACAACGAUAUAUGCUGCAACCAAUGGACAUUUAGAAUGCUUAAUCUAUGCACAUAAAAAUGGAUGUAUUUGGAAUGCAGAAAUAGCUAGAAAAGCUGCUUUGAAUGGACAUUUAGAAUGUCUAAAAUAUGCACAUGAAAAUGGAUGUCCAUGGGAUGUAAGCACAACGAUAUAUGCUGCAACAAAUGGGCAUUUAAAAUGUUUAAUGUAUGCACAUGAAAAUGGAUGUCCAUUGGAUGUAAACACAACGAUAUAUGCUGCAAAAAAUGGAUAUUUAGAAUGUUUAAUCUAUGCACAUGAAAAUGGAUGCCAAUUGAAUAAAGACAUAACUAGAUAUGCUAUUAUAGGAGGUAAUUUAGAUUGUUUAAAAUAUGCACAUGAAAAUGGAUGUUUAUGGGAUGCAAGUAUAACGAUAGCAGCUGCAAAAUAUGGGCGUUUAGAAUGCUUACGAUAUGCACAUGAAAAUGGAUGUCCAUUAGAUGAUGUCAUAACUAUGGAGGCCGCUGCAAAAGGACAUUUCGAAUGUUUAAAAUAUGCAUAUGAAAAUGGAUGCCACUGGAAUAAAGACAUAUCUAGAUAUGCUGUUAUAGGAGGAAAUUUAAAUUGUUUAAAAUUUGUUCACGAAAAUGGAUGUACCUUGUAUGAUGACAUAACCAUAGAGGCUACUCUAAGAGGUAAUUUAGAAAUUUUGAAAUAUGCAUAUGAAAAUGGAUGUCCAUUAGACUAUGACAUAACUGUAGAAGCUACUAUAAGAGGUAAUUUAGAAAUUUUGAAAUAUGCACAUGAAAAUGGAUGUCCAUUAGAUGAUGAAAUAACUAUGGAAGCUACUCUAAGAGGUAAUAUACAAAUUUUAAAAUAUGCACAUGAAAAUGGAUGUCCAUUAGAUGAUAACAUAGCUAUAGAAGCUACUUUAAGAGAUGAUAUAGAAAUUUUAAAAUAUGCACAUGAAAAUGGAUGCCCAUUAGAUGAUAGGAUAACUACUGUUGCUAUCGAGAAAGGUUAUUUUGAAAUUUUAAAAUAUGCACAUGAAAAUGGAUGUCCAUUAGAUAAUAGAAUAACAACUGUGGCUAUAGAAAAAGGUUAUUUUGAAAUUUUAAAAUAUGCACAUGAAAAUGGAUGUCCAUUAGAUAAUAGAAUAACAACUGUGGCUAUAGAAAAAGGUUAUUUUGACAUUUUAAAAUAUGCACAUGAGAAUGGAUUUUCUUGGCCUGAAAGAACAACAAUAGCAGCUGCAAGUUUUGGUAAUUUAGAAUUUUUAAAAUAUGCUCAUGAAAACGGUUGCAAAUGGGAUGAAGGUACAAUAGUUACAGCAGUAAUGAAUGGUAAUUUAAUAAUUUUUAAAUAUCUACUUGAAAAUGGAUGUCCUUGUGAUGAAGAAACAACACAAGUUGCUGUCAUUUAUGGUAAUUUAGAAUUCUUAAAAUAUGCUCAUGAAAAGGGUUGCAAAUGGGCCAAUGACACAAUUAAAGCUGCUGCUUUUAAUGGUUAUUUUGAUUGUUUAAAAUAUGCACAUGAAAAUGGAUGCCACUGGGAUAAAAACAUAUCUAGAUAUGCUGUUAUAGGAGGAAAUUUAGAUUGUUUAAAAUAUGCACAUGAAAACGGAUGUUCAUGGGAUGCAAGCAUAACGAAAGCAGCUGCAAGAUAUGGGCGUUUAGAAUGCUUACGAUAUGCACAUGAAAAUGGAUGUCCAUUAGAUGAUGUCAUAACUAUAGAGGCCGCUGCAAAUGGACAUUUCGAAUGUUUAAAAUAUGCACAUGAAAAUGGAUGCCACUGGAAUAAAGACAUAACUAGUUAUGCCGUUAUAGGAGGAAAUAUAAAUUGUUUAAAAUUUGCUCACAAAAAUGGAUGUCCAUUAGAUAAUAGGACAACUACUCUGGCUAUCGAGAACGGUUAUUUUGAUAUUUUAAAAUAUUUACAUAAAAAUGGAUUACCAUGGCCUGAAAGAACAACAAUAGCAGCUGCAAGUUUUGGUAAUUUAGAAUUUUUAAAAUAUGCACAUGAAAAUGGAUGUCUAUUAGAUGAUAACAUAGCUAUAGAAGCUACUUUAAGAGAUGAUAUAGAAAUUUUAAAAUAUGCACAUGAAAAUGGAUGCCCAUUAGAUGAUAGGAUAACUACUGUUGCUAUCGAGAAAGGUUAUUUUGAAAUUUUAAAAUAUGCACAUGAAAAUGGAUGUCCAUUAGAUAAUAGAAUAACAACUGUGGCUAUAGAAAAAGGUUAUUUUGACAUUUUAAAAUAUGCACAUGAGAAUGGAUUUUCUUGGCCUGAAAGAACAACAAUAGCAGCUGCAAGUUUUGGUAAUUUAGAAUUUUUAAAAUAUGCUCAUGAAAACGGUUGCAAAUGGGAUGAAGGUUCAAUAGUUACAGCAGUAAUGAAUGGUAAUUUAAUAAUUUUUAAAUAUCUACUUGAAAAUGGAUGUCCGUGUGAUGAAAAAACAACACAAGUAGCUGCCCUUUAUGGUAAAAUAGAAUUCUUAAAAUAUGCUCAUGAAAAGGGUUGCAAAUGGGCCAAUGACACAAUUAAAGCUGCUGCUUUUAAUGGUUAUUUUGAUUGUUUAAAAUAUGCACAUGAAAAUGGAUGUCCAUGGGAUUAUGACACAACUAGAGUUUCUGCAGCAAGUGGUUGUUUAGAAUGUUUAAAUUAUGCUCAUGAAAAGGAGUGUCCAUGGCAUGAAGAAACAUUAAAUACAGCUGCCGCGCAUGGUAAUUUAGAAUGUUUAAAAUAUACAUAUGAACUUGGAUAUAAAUGGAACGGAGGUACGAUGAGAGGCGCUGCUGCAAAUCGACAUCUAGAAUGCAUCAAAUAUGCUUAUGAAAAUGGUUGUGAAUGGGAUGAGGGUACAACAAGGGAAGCUGCUGCAAGUGGUUGUUUUGAUUGUCUGAAAUUUGCUCAUAAAAAUGGAUGUAAUUGGGAUGAAGGUACAAUAGUUACAGCUGCCAUGCGUGGAAAUUUAGAUUAUUUAAUAUAUGCCCACGAAAAUGGAUGUAAAUGGGAUGAAGGCACCACUAGGCUUGCUGCUGCAAAUGGUCAGUUUCAUUGUUUAAAAUACGCCCAUGAACAUAAUUGUCCAUGGAGUAUAAAUACCAUUUAUGAAGCUACUAGAAAAGGUUUUAUUGAAAUAAUCAAAUAUGCUAACGAGAAUGGCUGCAUUAAUUAGUUUUCUGAUAAAUUAUUAUUUAUUUUUUACAUUCCAUUACAUUAUAUUUUAAAUCGUCAUGAUCUAAAUGAUAAUAAUUAUAUUGUGAGUAAUCAUGUAAUUUUACUUGCAUAAUAAAUACUAUUUUUGAAAUUA